AAUUACUACUUCAGACUCUUCAAAUGAAGAGAAGACAAAUAGGUGGGAGGGAUACAGAAGAGAGAGAGAGAGAGAGAGCAUUGUUCUAUGUUCUUUUUGUCUGCCUUUUCUCAAAUCCAAGAAGAAGGAAUCUUUCUGUUGCAGUCGUCUGUCAGUUGUGACGGUGAAAUCUCCACACCAGCAGAGCUUUCUCUUGACAGACGAGCAGAAAGACAGACAGUGCACUGACUACAGGCUUUGUUGCUGUAACACCAGAAGGCUUUAGAUGACACAUAAAUGAAGACAAAUCAUGGUUUCUCUGCGGCGGAUCCAUCGUAUACAUUCCUCUGGUAUAAUGCCACAGUGAAUGUUUGCAGCUUCGUCAGGAGCUGCUGGAGAGGACCACGCUGCAACAGCAUCAUUUAGGGUUAUUCUUGUCAUAGCAACGUUGCUGUGGCAACAGGCCCGCGCACGAGAGAGGAAGAGAGAGAGAGAGAGAGAGAGAGAGAUUAUAUACAUUUCUAAAAAUAUUCCAAUAAGCACUUCAGUCAUCACAAUAAAUGAUUAAUCAAACACAGAUUUGUCCUUGAAUUCGUUUUUUUUUUUUACGUAGCUUCGUUGUAUUGUUGCUCGUUUGGAUUGUUUUCCCUCCAAAAUUAAUUCAUCGACCAACACAGUUUAGCGCCGUGUUGUUUUAGAGCUGCAGCGAUGCGCGUUGGUCAAGAAGCUUUAUAAUCUGACUGCGCGACGCAGCCACAGGUGUCUUCCAGCGCAAUGGAUCCGAGAAUUAUCAUCCCAACCUGGGGCAAUCCGACCGUGGGGACGUGGAGGUCGGACCCGUUUGGGGCUGAUGCCGGGCAGAGGGUGCAGGUGGAGUUCUAUGUGAAUGAAAACACCUUCAAGGAGCGUCUGAAGCUCUUCUUCAUCAAAAACCAAAGAUCAAGCCUUCGGAUUCGUGUGUUCAACUUCUCCCUGAAGCUGCUCACCUGUCUGCUGUACAUCAUCCGAGUGGUUACAGAUAACCCCGGUCACAGCGCGGGACAGCAAAGCGCUUCCAGUGGCAACAUCAAAUGUGUUGACUGCCAGUGGAACGGAUCAGUGCAGGACAGAGAAAUUAACUGGGAGUUGAUCUUCUGGGUGGACAGAAAAGUUCCUGUCUGGGCCAUUCAAGUGAUUGUAGCCAUCAUUAGCUUCCUGGAGACUAUGCUACUGAUGUAUCUGAGCUACAAGGGGAACAUUUGGGAGCAGAUAUUCCAGGUGUCCUUUCUUCUGGAGAUGAUCAACACAGUUCCCUUCAUCAUUACGAUCUUCUGGCCCUCAAUAAGAAACAUCUUCAUUCCCGUGUUUCUCAACUGCUGGCUAGCUAAGUGUGCUUUGGAGAACAUGAUCAAUGAUGUCCACAGAGCAAUUCAGAGGACCAACUCAGCAAUGUUCAACCAGGUCCUCAUUCUCAUCUGCACCCUGCUCUGCCUGGUCUUCACUGGCACGUGUGGAAUCCAGCACCUGGAGCGAGCAGGCAAAAACCUCUCCCUCUUCGACUCCUUCUACUUCUGCAUCGUCACCUUCUCCACCGUUGGCUUUGGAGACGUCACUCCCCGCAUAUGGCCCUCCCAGCUGCUGGUGGUCAUCAUGAUCUGUGUAGCUCUGGUGGUGCUGCCUCUGCAGUUUGAGGAGCUGAUGUACUUGUGGAUGGAGAGACAGAAGUCUGGAGGGAACUACAGCCGCCACAGAGCGCAGACAGAGAAACAUGUAGUGCUGUGUGUCAGUGCACUAAAGAUAGACCUGCUCAUGGAUUUUCUCAAUGAAUUCUAUGCCCAUCCCAGACUGCAGGAUUACUAUGUGGUGAUCCUGUGCCCAAGUGAAAUGGACCUCCAGGUGCGGAGAGUGUUGCAGAUCCCUCUGUGGUCUCAAAGGGUCAUCUAUCUGCAAGGAUCCGUUCUCAAAGACCAGGACCUGUUAAGAGCCAAAAUGGAUGACGCAGAGGCUUGUUUCAUUCUAAGCAGUCGCAACGAGGUGGAUCGCAUGGCUGCGGACCAUCAGACCAUCCUGAGAGCCUGGGCGGUGAAGGACUUUGCUCCAAAUUGCCCCCUUUAUGUCCAGAUACUCAAACCUGAAAAUAAGUUCCAUGUCAAAUUUGCAGAUCAUGUUGUGUGUGAGGAGGAAUUCAAGUACGCCAUGUUGGCUCUCAACUGUGUGUGUCCUGCCACCUCCACCUUGGUCACGCUCCUUGUGCACACCUCCCGCGGACGAGAAGGACAACAGUCUCCGGAGCAGUGGCAGAGGAUGUACGGAUGUUGCUCUGGCAACGAGGUCUACCACAUCCGAGUGUGUGACAGCAAGUUCUUUGGAGAGUAUAACGGCAAAAGCUUUACAUACGCCUCCUUUCAUGCUCACAAGAAGUACGGCGUGUGUCUGAUCGGUAUAAAGACGGAAGAGAACAAGAGCAUCCUGCUGAACCCCGGCCCGCGACACAUCAUGGCUGCCACGGACACCUGCUACUACAUCAACAUCACCAAGGAGGAGAACUCCGCCUUCAUCUUCAACCAGGAGGAGAGGAAGGGCCGCCCUACCGGGGGCCUCUUUGACGGACCCUCGCAGCUUCCUGUGCACAGCAUCAUAGCGAGCAUGGGCACUGUUGCCAUGGAUCUUCAGAAUACGAGUCCGCCUGACGUCUCAGGUGACAAACUGGUCCCACCGAUAGUGAAUGGAACAGGGGGCCGCCGGCCGAGCAUCGCUCCGGUUCAGGAGAUUGCCGACUCCGCCUCAAUUCUGCCGUGUGACCUCCUCAGUGACCAAUCGGAAGAUGACUCCGUCUUCAUAGAUGAGAAAGGCCACUCAUCUACUGAGUACGUGAAAGGUUAUCCCCCUAACUCGCCGUACAUUGGGAGCUCGCCCACCUUGUGCCAUCUGUUGGCUGAAAAAGCCCCGUUUUGCUGCCUACGUCUGGACCAGGGUUGCAGGCACAACAGCUUUGUGGACGCUAAGGCUUACGGUUUUAAAAACAAGCUCAUCAUUGUGUCUGCUGAGACCGCAGGGAACGGCCUUUAUAACUUCAUAGUGCCUCUCAGAGCUUAUUACAGACCCAGGAAAGAACUCAACCCCAUUGUCUUGCUGCUGGAUAACCCGCCAGAUAAUCACUUUCUUGAGGCCAUCUGCUGUUUUCCUAUGGUCUACUGCAUGGCUGGGACCAUAGACAAUCUGGACAGCCUCCUGCAGUGUGGCAUUAUCUACGCUGAUAAUUUGGUUGUUGUGGAUAAAGAGAGUACAAUGAGUGCCGAGGAGGACUACAUGGCUGAUGCCAAAACUAUUGUCAAUGUGCAAACGAUGUUCAGGUUGUUUCCCAGUCUCAGCAUUAUCACAGAGCUUACUCAUCCAUCCAACAUGAGAUUCAUGCAGUUUAGAGCAAAGGACUGCUAUUCACUGGCCCUCUCCAAGCUGGAGAAGAAAGAGCGUGAUAAAGGUUCCAACUUGGCCUUCAUGUUUCGCCUACCCUUCGCUGCAGGGAGAGUGUUCAGUAUCAGCAUGUUGGACACCCUGCUGUAUCAGUCUUUUGUGAAGGACUACAUGAUCCUUAUUGCAAGGCUGCUGCUGGGGCUGGACACCACUCCAGGAUCAGGAUUCCUCUGUGCUAUGACAGUAACAGAGGAAGAUCUGUGGAUUAGUACUUAUGGCAGACUGUUCCAGAAACUCUGCUCCUCUAGUGCCGAAAUUCCUAUCGGGAUCUAUCGGACAGAAUCCCACGUUUUCCCGACUUCUGAGUCACAAGUGUCAGUCAGUGUUGACGACUGCGAGGACACCAAGGACAAGGGCGAUGAGUCUCGCAGCAACGACCAAUCGGAUCACCCCCUGCUGAGGAAGAAGAGCAUGCAGUGGGCACGACGUCUGAGUAAGAAGAGCGUAAGGUGGCAGGGAGUGAGCCGGGACUCGAGCAAGGACCACGCCCAGCGCAUCGCUCAGCAGCGCCUCAACCUCUACCGGCGCUCUGAGAGGGAGGAGCUGUCUGAGCUGGUCCGCAACCGCAUGAGGCAUCUGGGCCUCCCCACCUCCGGAUAUGAAGACCUAACUAAUCUGACAGCCAGCGACGUCAUGAACAGAGUAAAUCUGGGAUACCUACAAGAUGAGCAGAACGAUCAGCAGAACACCCUGUCCUACGUCCUGAUCAACCCUUCUCCUAACACCAGGCUGGAGCUCAAUGACGUUGUGUACCUGAUUCGUUCAGACCCUCUGGCUCAUGUCCCAGAAGAGCCUCCUGUCCACAGAAGCAGCCUAAAAGAGAGACGCGAGUCCAGCACAGACGCCAGAGAAGACACGCAGCUCUGAUAGCAUGCUGACCUUCACUGGUACACGCCUUCAUAAUCACCCCCUUCAGCUUUCAUGGGGGUCUUGUUGCGUCCACGCAGGUCCAGAGCCUGAAAAAGGACAAUUUGUGCUACAAUGUUCCUGCACUGCAGUGUGCAACUGUAUUAUAUGAGUGCCUACUGUCUGGCAGGUGAGAUUUGAUGUCAUCUGUGACAUUUUCAUCCUCCUGCCACAGAUGUUGUUUGUAAGAAAAGUGUAUUCUUCGCUGUGAAAGCUCUCUCAGAUGAGCAGUCAGGGACAAGCUUGUUAACAAACAAAUUCAGUUGACUGAAGGGAUUUGAAUCGGGUCCAGCACACCUGCAGCGUUGGCCUUGAUUACAGCGAGUUAGAGAGAUUCACACAAACAAAAGGAUCACAGUGAUGGUAGAUUUUGUGUCUGCUCUGUUUGGCUGCGGCUCCCUCAGGAAAAGCACAAGUUGAACGUCAAGAUAGACAUUUUGGGAUGCAGACGCUGGCGGCCCGGGAUCUAUCCAUCUUUUCUUGACUUGUUUGAGAUUAACGGAAAUCAGAUGCACAUAUUGUAAAUGACCCUGGGCCAUAAACCUAUUUACCACCAAUCACAUCCAAUCAAGCAUAAUGUUCAACACUGGGUGACUUAAAUAAAAGAUGUGCAUUGAAGGUUUCCUUCAAAGCUUAUUUUUGGUAGCUGAACCAUAGACGUGUGUUAAUCAGUGGUGUAGAAGUCUUAAUUAGUAAGGAAUGUAAAAACAAUGAUGCUUACAUAUGUCUCUCCACUCUACAUGUAUGAAGUUUUUGCACUACAAGUGCUUAGUUCAACCCCUUUAACAGGCCGUGCCAUAUAGUCAAUAUUGUGCCAUAAAGGAUUUAUUUGAUUUGUACUAUGUUAGUAAUCAGAAAACCUCAUUUCACUUUCAGCACUGCUCAGUGAAAGAAUGUGCUUUUUAAUAUACAUUUGUGGCUGUUUGGACCAAGUACGCAUUUCUAAAAUGCUAAAUCCUGUACACAAGAAUGUUUGACUUUGACUCUUUGACUUCAUCCAUAUUUAAAAGUUGAAAAUAUUUGUACUGUUUUAUUUAAUUUCAAGUUGCACAUUAAAGUGCUAUAUGAUGAAAAAAACAUAUUGAAACUGUUGCCGUCUAAUAAUUCAGCCAUAGUAUUGCUAAACAUCUGUCUGUCGGUCAUGACUAGAAAUGGCAAUUUAAAGGAAUAGUUGUGGGAAUUUGCUAAUAUUGUGUCUGUAUGCUUACUAUGAAGCUACAGCCAGGAGAACAUUAUCUUAACUUAGAAUAAAGACUUGAAACGGGUAAACAGCUGAUGUCACAUGUCACAGUUAGUCUUCUGUAAAGCAGAAGACUAAACAAGUGUAAAGCUGAGCUCUGUAGUAAAAUAUACUUUAUGGAAGAAAAAAAAAGCAAAAGGAGAUGCUAAAGGAAAGCAUGAGGGAGAAGCAAAGAGAGCAGAAGGUGAAAAGAUGUGGUGAUGGGAAAGAGAAAGGAA